AUGGCACCCGCCCCCGUCGUCGACGACGUCGACCUCGACAUGGAACAGGAUGAUGCCAACGAGAAUGAGGAGAAGAUCAUUAACGAGGAGUACAAGACUUGGAAGAAGAACAGCCCCUUCCUCUACGACAUGAUCCUGAGCACUGCUCUCGACUGGCCUACUCUGACCACCCAGUGGUUUCCCGAUGUCAAGGAGCCCCAGGACAAGAACUACCGUGUGCACCGCCUUCUGAUCGGCACUCAUACCGCGCCUGGCGCCGACAACUACCUGCAGAUUGCUGAAGUCGAGAUCCCAAAGUCUGCUGAGCCUAAUCCCAACGAUUACGAUGAGGAUCGCGGUGAGAUCGGUGGUCACGGCCGCGAGCCUGCCGCCAUCAAGAUGAACAUCAUCCAGAAGAUCGACCACCCAGGCGAGGUCAACAAGGCCCGUUAUCAACCCCAGAACCCGGACAUGAUCGCAACUCUGUGCGUUGACGGCAGGAUUCUCGUCUACAACAGAACCAAGCACAGUAGUCUCAACCCCAGUGGCACCCCAAGCCCUGACAUCGAGCUGCACGGCCACAAUGAAGAGGGUUUCGGCCUGAACUGGAGCCCUCACCAGCCCGGUGUGCUCGUCUCUGGAAGCCAAGACACCACAGUCUGCAUCUGGGACCUCAACACAAUGCACGGCAAGACGGUCGAGCCGUCCCGAAGAUUUACCCACCACAAGCGUGUCGUCAACGACGUCCAGUAUCACCCUGUCGCCAAGCACUUCAUUGGCACUGUCUCGGAUGAUUUGUCGCUCCAGAUCCUCGAUACCAGACAAGCCGACUCCAGCAAAUCCGCGCUGACUGUACAGAAAGGUCACUUCGACGCCAUCAACGCCCUCUCCUUCAACCCCGGCUCUGAGUUCGUGAUUGCCACAGCCUCCGCUGACAAAACCAUCGGUAUCUGGGACAUGCGAAAUAUGAAGGACAAAGUUCACACCCUCGAGGGCCAUAAUGAUGCCGUGACUUCGCUGUCCUGGCACCCUCAGGAACUGGGAGUUCUGGGCAGUGGCAGUUACGACAGGCGGGUCAUCUUCUGGGACCUGACUAGGAUUGGAGAGGAACAGAUACCCGAUGAUGCUGAAGAUGGUCCCCCAGAGCUGCUGUUCAUGCACGGCGGCCACACAAAUCACCUGGCUGACUUCAGCUGGAACCCGAAUGACCCAUGGCUUGUCGCCAGUGCGGCCGAAGACAACGUUCUCCAGAUCUGGAAGCCCGCUGACUCUAUCGUCGGCCGAGAAACGAACGCCGAUAUGCCCAUGGAGGAGAUGGAACGUUAG